CUAAGGAUUCAUACUGGCCUUGGCUCAAGCACAAGGCAUAGGGGAUAUGAUAAACAUGUUAUCUGUGCUGUCUGUCUUCCUCAUCCUGGAGUAUUUCUUGCUUUUGAGUGCAACACAUCCCAAGUGCUUUUGGAGAAUAAAACAAAAUGAAAAGAUAGGUAUAACUUUGGAAGAUGACUGUUUCUUUUACAUUUACACAAGACAGGGUCCACCACUGAAUGAUUCUUUUGAUGGAAAUCCAGAUAUUCAAUUAACAUCCAAGAACAUUCACUUGAUUUUGUCUCUGUUGUUUGCCAUCAAGCAAAUAAACAGGAGCACUCAAAUUUUACCAAAUAUUUCUCUGAUAGUUGAAGUCAACUGUAAAGUAAAGCACUAUCUAUACAUGUAUACCAUAAACUCAAAGAAAGAUGCAUUUAUUCCUAACUAUAAGUGUAAACAUGAAAGACAAUUGUUAACUGUACUUACAGGACCGUGGUGGUUUUCAUCUGCCAUACUGGGGCCACUCAUAUACAUCUUUGCAGUACCACAGCUUUACUAUGGGCCAUUUCAUACUCUCCUGAGUGACCAGGAAAACUAUCCUUAUGUGUACCAGAUGUCUCCAAAGGACACAUUUCUGGCCCUGGCCAUGAUGGCAUUGGUGGUUCAUUUUAGCUGGAAUUGGGUAGGAUUAGUCAUUUCAGAUGAUGAACAAGGCUUUCAGUUUCUCUCCAAGUUGAGAGGAGAGAUGGACAAACACAGAGUCUGUUUAGCCUCUGUGAAUGUGAUCAAAAAAAAUACAUACUUCUACCAGAUACCAGAAGAAAAUUAUUAUAACCAGGUUGUACUGUCAUCAGCAAAAGUUAUUAUCAUUUAUGGGCAUGCAGACACUCUAACUGUACGGUUUAGAGUGUGGCAACAUUUAGGCAUUAAGAGACUCUGGAUCACCACCUCACGGUGGGAUGUGAGUACAGGUAAAGGAGACUUCCUUCUUAACUCCUUUCAUGGGAUUUUCAUUUUUUCACAUCCCCAUUCUGAGAUUCCUGGUUUUAAAAAUUUCAUCCAGACAUUGCACCCUUCCAACUACAAUAAUGAUACAUCACUUGCUAGGCUAUGGUGGAUGUAUUUUAACUGUUCAUUGCCAUUUCACUGUAAGACACUGAAAAAUUGUUCAACCAAAAUCCUACUAGAAUGGCUAUCCAGGCACCAGUUUGAGGUGUCCAUGAGUGAGACAAGUUACAACGUAUAUAGUGCUGUCUAUGCAGUAGCUUCUGCACUUCAUGAAAUGCUUAUUCAACAUACAGAACAUUGGCAAAAGAAUAUUGGGAAAGGACUGGAAUUUCACUCCUGGAAGAUGUCUCCUUUUCAGGAGAACAACAAAUUUAUAAAUCCUCUUAGAUAUCAAUUCAAUAUGAAACCAAAAGGAAAACUGGAUACAGAAUAUGACAUUCUCUAUGCUAUGCAUCUUCUACCAGCUCUUGGACUUAAUAUGAAAAUAGCAAAGUUUUCCCAAAAUUUUCUGCAUGGUCAGCAACUAUAUAUAACUGAAGAUAUGAUAGAGUGGGCUAUACAUAUUAGACAGACACAACCUUCAGUAUGCAGUAUGCCCUGCAGUGUAGGAUUCCGAAAAUCCAUUCAGAAAGAAAAGGCUGUCUGCUGUUUUGAUUGUACCCCAUGUCCAAAGGAUGAAAUUUCCAACCUGACAGACAUGGAUCAAUGUGUGAAGUGUCCAAAUGAUCAGUAUGCCAACAUAAAUCGAACUCACUGCCUAAAGAAAGUUGAGACCUUCCUGGCUUAUGAAGACCCCAUGGGAAUGGCUCUGGCCUGCUUGGCCCUGUUCUUCUCUGCUCUCACGGCUGUUAUACUCAGUAUCUUUUUGAAGCACCAAAACAAUCCCAUUAUCAAGGCAAAUAACCGAUUUCUCAGCUACAUUCUGCUCAUCUCUCUCAUAUUUUGCUUUCUUUGUUCCUUGCUCUACAUUGGCCGUCCCCAUAUGGCCACCUGCAUUCUGCAGCAGAUCACAUUUGCAGUUGUUUUCACUGUUGCAGUUUCUGCUAUUUUGGCCAAAACAAUUACUGUAGUUAUGGCUUUCAAGAUCACUGAUCCAAGAAAAAAGAUAAGACAGAUGUUAGUAACAAGGGCACCUAACUAUGUAAUUCCCAUCUGCACCAUGAUCCAACUUAUUCUCUGUGGAACCUGGCUAGGAACAUCUCCUCCAUUUGUUGAUACUGAUCCACACUUUGAACAUGGCCAUAUCAUCAUUGUCUGCAACAAGGGUUCAGUUAUUGCCUUCUACUGUGUCCUGGGAUACUUGGGCUUAUUAGCCCUAGGGAGUUUCACUGUAGCUUUUCUGGUCAGAAAUCUGCCUGAUAGAUUCAAUGAAGCCAGGUUCCUGACAUUUAGCAUGCUGAUCUUCUGUAGUGUGUGGAUUACUUUUCUCCCUGUCUACCAUAGCAUCAAAGGAAAGUUGAUGGUGAUGGUGGAAAUCUUUUCUAUCUUGACUUCCAGUGCAGGGGUGCUUGUUUGUAUUUUUUUCCCAAAGUGCAUCAUGAUCUUCUUAAGACCAGAGUUGAAUUUUACUCAAAAGUUCAGUGGCACACAUUCUAAAAUGGACAAUACCCAUUAA